AUUUAACUUCUAUCUAUCUACUAUAUAACCAUAUAUCUUAGUCUAAUGAUUGAUACAACACAAUUCAGAGUGCAAAAGAAUCAUAUAGUUGAAAUAUCUUCCUCCACACUCACUUGACAGCAAUACCUUAAAAGUCCUACUCAAAUAAGCCACUUAUUUGGUGUCUGCUGAUUGAGUGAUUCCUCUCAAUUCAUCUGUUAAAGCUUCAGAUUAGAAAUAGUUUUAAUGAGUAUACCAUUUUCUGUGGCAGCUAAGCCUUCCACUAUUAGGACUAAUAGGAAACCAUGUUGUAGAAAGUAUGAUGUUAUUGUAAGAUCAGAAUUAACCAUGGCUCCAAAACAUAGAACAACCACCUUGUUUCCUCAGUUGUCAAAUCAAGGAGUUUCUGUUGCUGAUUUACAUGUACAAGAAGUUGUUGAAAAACAGUCUCAAACAACCAAUUUUGACACUCUAUGUUCUAAUUUUAAGCCACAGUUUGAGCCUAGUUUUCUCAAGGAUGCCUAUGAAAUGUGUAGAAACAUUUGUGCAGAAUAUGCCAAGACAUUCUAUCUAGGAACUUUGCUUAUGACUGAAGAAAGACAGAAGGCUAUAUGGGCUAUAUAUGUUUGGUGCAGAAGGACAGAUGAGCUAGUUGAUGGUCCUAAUGCCGACUAUAUGAGCUCUGCUGUUCUUGAUCGGUGGGAAGAUAGAUUGGAUGACAUUUUCAAUGGACAACCCUAUGAUAUGCUUGAUGCUGCUCUUACUGAUACAGUUUCCAAAUUUCCCUUAGAUAUUAAGCCUUUUCGGGACAUGAUAGAAGGUAUGAGAAUGGAUACAAGGAAAACGCGAUACAAAAAUUUCGAAGAAUUAUAUCUAUACUGCUACUAUGUGGCCGGAACCGUUGGGUUGAUGAGUGUUCCGGUAAUGGGAAUUGCCCCGGAGUCCCUCAUCCCUGCUCAAAGUGUUUAUAACUCAGCAUUAUAUCUUGGUAUUGGAAAUCAACUCACAAACAUUCUUAGAGAUGUUGGCGAAGAUGCUUUGAGAGGUAGAGUGUACCUUCCACAAGAUGAACUUGGUGAGUUUGGUUUAUGUGACAAAGAUGUUUUCUCAGGAAAAGUGAGUGAAAGAUGGAAAGAGUUUAUGAAACAGCAGAUUGCAAGGGCAAGAUUCUACUUCAACUCUGCAGAAGAAGGAGCUUCUCACCUUGACAAGGCCAGCCGCUGGCCGGUUUGGUCGUCAUUAAUAUUGUAUCGAAAGAUCUUAGAUGCAAUUGAAGACAACGAUUAUGAUAAUUUAACAAAACGAGCGUAUGUAGGACGAACUGAGAAGUUUGUGUCUUUGCCUGCAGCUUAUUCUAAAUCUCUCUCAAUUCCCAAAACGGAGUCGCAUCCUUCCUUCACGAGGCUUAUGUAGCAAGCUUGUACACAAAAGCUAGCGUUAUUUGUUUAUUGUGCAAAAUGCAUACGACAAAUUAAUAACGAGAAGAACAAUUUGCUGAUUACAGACCAGUUUGGUAUUGAACAGUUUUACUAUUCAUCAAUGGUAUCAAAGUUAGAAAUUCAAGCCAUAUGGAAGCAAAGAUGUAUGACAGAAUAUAUUUAUUCUGUAAUUAAAUAAUAAAAUUGAUGACAGUGUUGUAUUAACCGGCGGAAUUGACAGGUGAACCUGUCUCAACUACUGGUUAUGAGUGAUAAUACAAAUUAUACAAAUAUAUAAAUAAAAUACCUUCUUCACUGCA